AUGCAGAUGGAUGGAUUGGGUGGCCUUGCUGGUUGGAGAUACAUCUUUUUAAUGGAAGGGGUCCUCAAUUUUGCUGCUGCCAUCAUCGGUUGGCUACUGAUUGUUGAGUAUCCCCUAGGGUCUCACAAAUGCUGGAUGUUUUUGACAGAGAAAGAGGAGGCAUUCAUCAUCCGUCACAUAGAUGCUGACCGAGCGGAUGCCGCUGAACAAUUCAAGUUUAACCUUCGUGAUUUCUUACGUCCCGCCAAAGAUUGGAAGGUCUUUACUUACCCUAUGAUGUUUCUACUGUCGACUUGCGUUUCUUACUCCAUUGCAUUUUUCUUGCCUAUUAUUCUUGAAUCUAAACUGAAGUAUGGAGUGAUCGCGGCACAAGGAUUGUCCACUCCCCCAUAUGUCGUGGCGGGUAUCUGGAUGUACUUUACCGCCUGGCUAGGCGACAAAUACCACAUUCGUGGACCCAUCGUUAUAUGGAAUUGCCUUCUGUCUAUUAUUGGUCUGUCUCUUCUGGGCUGGGUUGCAUCUCCAGGAGUGCAAUACUUUGGGGUGAUUCUUGUCACAGCAGGUGGCAACGCAAACCUUCCAACGGACUUGGCCUGGCAGGCCAAUAAUAUUCGCGGGAAAUGGAAACGCUCAUUUUGCAACGCUUUGCUUCUCAUGGGUGGUGGAAUUGGUGGUAUCGUCGGUUCUUUGGUAUUUCGUUCUCAGGAUGCGCCUACGUAUCGGCCUGGAAUUGAAGCCUCUAUUGUGGCAAGUUUCACCACCACGGCAAUUGCAAUAGCUCUGAUGUUACGAAUGCAUGCUCUCAAUAAGAUGGCCGCCACUGGAGCUAUCGUUCUGGAAGGGCUACCUGGAUUUAAAUACACGCUAUGA